UACCCGAGGAUGGAUUUCACAGAGGCCUAUUCCGAUCGAUGCUCUGCCGUGGGGCUUGCAGCCCGGGAAGGAAACGCGAAAAUGCUGAGGAAACUAAUAAAGCAGGGAUACAGCAUCGAUGUUCCGGAUAACAGGGGGUGGGUGCCGAUCCACGAAGCUGCAGCUCACAAUUCGAGUGAAUGUCUGAGGCUGCUAGUUCGUGCGGCUCCAUCUGAUGACUACAUAAAUUCAAAGACGUUUGAAGGGAUGUGUGCGCUGCACCUUUCGGCACGCCAUGGGUCUUUAGAAAGUGUUCGUGUUCUUCUGGAGGCUGGGGCUGACCCCAAUGAAGUUACCACUGAAGCAACCACCGCACUGUUCUUAGCUGUUGAAAAUGGACAUGCAGACAUUGUAAAGAUUCUGCUCCAGCACGGAGCAAAUGUUAAAGGACCUCAUUCUUGGUCUGGAUGGAAUUCUUUGCACCAAGCUUCUUUUCAGGGACGCACUGAGAUAAUGAAAAUACUCCUGGAGGAAGGGGCAAGCAAGGAAUGUAAGGAUGACUUUGGAAUUACACCUUUGUUUGUUGCUGCUCAGUAUGGAAAGCUGGAGAGUUUAAGACUGCUUGUGUCCCAUGGUGCGGACGUAAACUGUCAAGCCAAGGACAGAGCCACUCCCUUGCUGAUUGCUGCGCAGGAGGGCCACGCCGAAUGCGUGGAACUGCUGUUAUCAAAAGGGGCAGAUCCAAAUCUCUACUGCAACGAGGAUAACUGGCAGUUACCUAUUCACGCAGCGGCUGAAAUGGGCCAUAAAAAGAUAUUAGAGUUGCUAAUACCAAUCACUGAUAGGAUUUGUGACAAAGGCAAAGGCAAAGUGAGCCCUGUGUAUUCAGCAGUAUAUGGUGGUAAUAAAGAAUGUUUGGAGAUGUUACUUAAAGAAGGCUACAGUCCAGAUGCUCAAGAGUGCCUUAACUUCGACUGCAGGUCACCCAUGUGUAUGGUCUUCCAAAAAGAUUGCAUGUUUUUUUAUUUCAUUGAUAUUUUCCUGAAAUACGGGAUCACCUUACUUGGGAUUAAUUUGGGAUAUUGCCUGUUCCAUGAGAAGUUUACUUUGUUUCAACGCUUCUUGAAGCUGGGCUGUUCACUGCCUUCUGGGGACCAAUUAUCGGAAUUCAUAAGAUACACAAUUAAAGCGCACGAGGAGUACAAGGAAUGGCUGCCUUAUCUGCUCUUGGCUGGUUUUAAUCCAGUGAAUUUAAUGCGCAGAUUCUGGAUUUUCUCUGUGAGCGAGAAUGCCCUUAAUUUCAUCCUGGAGUUCACAAACUGGAAGAGACUUCCUCCAGCUGUAGAGCAAGACCUUUCAGACUACAAAGAGAAGUUUGCUUGGACUCCCAAGAGCCAUUUUGCCUUCAUUCCUUCCCUGUCUCACCUUUGUCGUCUUGAGAUCCGGUCCAUUUUAACAAGUGAACGCCUGCGAUCAGACCAGUUUAUCCGGGAAUUGCCAUUGCCAGCUUGCCUCCAGGACUACCUUCUCUACUUAGAUGUACUGCGAAUCAAUGCUAUCCCAGAAGCGGAGGAUUAUCUGGGGCAGAGAGAGGAGGGAGCUCCCUCUACCAGUCACUCCAGCGCUGAAGAUGCAGAGAGGAGGGACGCCGGUAACGCCCGUGUUAGGUGAUGGCUCUGCCAGAGACUGAACUCUGCAGCUGCAGAUUUUGUAAUGGCAAUUAGCAGACACUGGAGAAGAACUACUGUAAAUAACUGUAGUAAUAAGUCUUUUCAUGCUGUAGUUUUACACUAUAUCUAGAAGUUUAUUAGAAGCUCUAUGAUUUACUUGUUUAAAAAGUCUGUGAACAUAUUCUGGUUUUUGAAAGGAAAUUUUUAACUCUUAUUGAGUAAAAUUAGCUUGUUCAAUGAACAUAGCUUAUAUAGUGGUCAGACACUGGUAGUAGAUGCUUUAUUCUAAGUACUGCAUAUACCAAAUUAAAUUAUCUGAAUGUCAAGGAACACAGUAUUGUAUUAUUGUUAUGAAUUUAUGUGU